GUUGACCAGAUACUCUAGAUCUAGAUCUAGAUAGGCCUACCCGGAAUUGAACUACUCGUCUAGGUUUAAAGUGUUUGAGACUUCAUUAGAAUCUUCAAAAUGGAUGUUGAAAAUACAAGGACAAUUACAACUGUAGAUACAGUAUUAAAUGCAGAUUCUGUGGAAUGGUGUCCUCAUUUAGGAAUGGAAGAUGUCCUUCUGUGUGGUACUUAUAAGCUUGAGGAAUCUAUACCAAACAAUAAGACAGAAGAGAGUAGUUCUCAGACAGAAGCAAAUGAACAAAAUGAAGAAGCUGCUAAACAGAUCAGACAUGGAGGAGUCAUAGUUUACAAACUUUUACCAAAUGAAGACCUGGGGCUUAUAGACUUACAGGAAAAUCAAACUUUAAAAAUGUGCGGGGUUUUAGAUAUUAAAUGGCUAGAGCAUCAAAUUGAAGAUGAAGCCAUCUUUGGUUUAGUGGAUGCAGAAGGGAAUUUGCAACUGUUAAAAUUAAACAAAGAACGCAUUGCAGAGUUUGUAACGAAAAGCCAGUUAAGUGAAUCAUCUCUUGGUCUCUCCCUAGGAUGGACAUAUAAAAAUUCCAGCCCUUGUGUUGCUGCCUCAGACUCAUCUGGUAGUGUAACAGUUUUUGAUGCUAGUAAAAACCUCAGUGUUGUCUCUCAAUGGAAGGCUCAUGAUUAUGAAGCUUGGAUUACAGCAUUUAAUAGAUACAAUCCAAAUAUUGUUUAUUCAGGGGGAGACGACUGCAAAUUUAAGAUGUGGGAUCUGAGAGACAUUUCACAACCAACAUUAUGUAGCACACGGCACAAAAUGGGUGUAUGCAGUGUUCAGGACCAUCCUUUUAAUGAACACAUUACAGCAACUGGAAGUUAUGAUGAAGAGCUCAUCAUUUGGGACCACAGACACAUGAAGCAGCCAAUCUGUAGCGUGACCCUUAAUGGUGGAAUUUGGAGGAUCAAGUGGGAUCCAUUUAAAGGGGACAAAAUCCUGACAGCAACUAUGUACAAUGGAGCACACAUAGUGGACUGCACUGAUUUAGGAAAGGGGACAUUGCCUAUUGCAGCUCAUUACAAUCAUCACAAUCUUGCUUAUGGUGCAGACUGGUAUAGGAUGAAUUGGAAUAGAGAUUUAAGGGGAGAAAAAUCUUCCAAGACCAGCUCUAAUUCAAUGCUUAUUUCUACAUGUUCAUUUUAUGAUCAAUCAUUACACUUAUGGGAAUGGAAAUAUCAAUAA